UGAGACAUCGCAAUGAUUCAUCGAUAUUUAACAUCGACGCUUUAAAAACAUCGAUUGAUGAUCAAACAUAACCUUUAAGGUUAUGUUUUGUGGUGAGGUUAUGACACACGUAGGUGCGGUACAUAGAAACCUUUUAGAGACGAAACUUAACUAAAUUUCCAAACGUUCUUUCAAUUUUUAUUCAUCAAUAAAUAUCCAUAUUAUUUUCGCAAAAGUGACGUAAAACCGUAGUAGUGAGACGGAUAUUGACGAACGCCACCUGACCGAUUUCUUCCAGAAUAAUCGAGUUUUCACAAUUCCCAAAUUAUGGACCCGCAAGUGAGCAUGUCGCACCUGGAACGAUACUGCGUCCAGAUCGUGCACGAAACCCUGGGACUGAACGCUUUCCGGUCCCAUAUUUUACUGCAAAGAGUAAAAAAACAGAAGGAAACGAUCGAAUGGCUACAAAAAGAACUUGCCGAUACGAAGAAACAGUAUAGGGAUUUGAAUGUGGUACAUAACAGACUUUUAGGUAACAUUGCGGACGACAAUGUUCUGGUUGCCCCGAAAAUAACCAGAUCGGUCGGUUUACAAUUGGAACGUUUCAGUACAGAUUUGGUCACUCCUAAAGAGCGAGUAGUACCUGCUGUGGUGACAUCUUCAGGUUCACUUAAACGUGAUUUACCUGAGACUACAUUAGGCCCAAUCGUUCAGAUUCAAAAAAAGCGUCCUUCACCCACUGUGGUUCCCAAUGGCACCGCCAUACAUGAACAAAAAUCUCGCAAACUCCCCGAUUCUGUUGCGGUUGAUGCUCAUCAGACCGAAUCUCUUGCUAACAGAGGGAGUGUUAUCGAUAGAACAAACCCUAGUGGUUCUUCCCAUAAAAGUAUCAUUGCUCAGAGGACACCAGUUGGCGAUAAAGAAAACGUCGUGCCUCAACCUCAAGCUCAAACACCGUUGUUUAACGCAGAUGCCAAUGCUACCACAGAGACACAAAUUGCUCGUAGUGACUUUCAACAUACAACGCCUGUUAAGAACCUGAAGAAACAACGAACCAGCUACACCUCCAACGGUACCACCAGAGGUAGACAUACGAACCGGAAACUCCAACGAGAAACACCGAACCCGAAUUUAAAACCGGUUUUACCGAAACCGCCUUUGAACGUUUAAUAAUUUAAAUAAUUUUGUUUUUUUUCGUUUGAAAUGCUUUUUGUUAUUGCUAUUGUUAAUACCAGUUUUGAAAAAUACGCUUUUUUAGAUGUUUAA